AUGUCCCUGCCCUGGAGGGACCCGGCUCGGGAAGGUGAAGAGAUCGACGUGGUGACAGUGGAGAAGAGACAAUCGCUCAGCCUGAGGAAGCCGGUCACCAUCACGCUGCGUGCCGACCCCUUGGACCCCUGCAUGAAACGCUUCCACAUCUCCAUCCACCAGCAGCAGCACAACGGCCCCGGCUCCGACAGCGAGGACGUGGCCAAGAGGAAAAACCACAAUGACCUGGAGCGCAAGCGACGCAACGACCUGCGCUCGCGCUUCCUGGCCCUGCGGGACCAGGUUCCGGGGCUCGCCAGCUGCCCCAAGACGCCCAAAGUCGUGAUCCUGAGCAAAUCCUCCGAGUACCUGCAGUCGCUCAUCAGUGCCGAGAGGAGGAUGGCAGCAGAGAAGAGGCAGCUGCGGCAGCGGCAGACCCAGCUGCUCAAACGGAUUGCUCACCUCAAGGGGCACUAG